AUGGCGACAACGUCCUCUGCCAAGAUCUGUCUUGGUAUCCAAACAACAUCACGUCUCCUGGCCAGAACAAGAUAUGCCACCACUACACUUUUCAGCGAUGCACGCCGACUGAGAAUGACCUUGAAUCCUAUCCUAUCUUCAGCUGGGCGCGCCCGCGCCUCUUAUUCAACUCUACCGCAAGCAAACAGUCACUCGCUGAAUGAUCUCCCGUCCAAGAGAACAUUUCGUCUCAAGGACACCCCGGCAAAGGAACUUCUUUGUCUUGAAUGGUCGAAACCACCCCGGAAUCUUUUGCUGAUCAAAAAGGACUGCUCGGACGCAACAACCGAUGCUCUUUUGGACUUUACCAGACAUGUCGUAUCGACCUAUCCCGGUGUAAAUAUCGUGGUCGAGCCCCGAGUCUCCGCUGGGAUUGGGGAAGAGCUUCUAGGACGGCACUUUACUCUGCCAGAAUCCGAUCACUCACACUUACAAUAUCAAGACAAGGUCGAUCUUGUUGUCACCUUCGGUGGUGAUGGGACCAUCUUGCAUGCAGCAUCCCUGUUCGCCACCUCCUCCCAUGUGCCCCCCAUCCUGUCCUUCAGUAUGGGUACUCUCGGGUUUUUGAGUGAAUGGAAGUUUUCCGAAUAUAAACGCGCCAUUCGCGAAGUGUACAUGUCAGGUGCUGCUUCUGAGCGCCACGCCGUCAUUGAAGGUGAAGGCUCGAACGACUUUGACUGCUCCAAUGAUUACACAGGCUGGUCGUCUGUACGUGGUAAAUCGAUGGGCCCUGAAAGAGGCGCAAGGGUUUUGGUUCGACAACGUCUAAAAGUUGGCGUCUUCGAUGCAAACGGCAAUCGCCUCAGCAGUAAUGGAGGCUUCUCCGACGACAUGUAUGCGAUGAACGAGGUCAUCAUACAUAGAGGUCGAGACCCUCAUCUUGCAAUUGUCAAUGUUUACGUGGGCGGCAGAUUCCUCACCGAGGCGGUCGCCGAUGGCAUGAUUGUUUCCACGCCUACUGGGAGCACAGCAUACAGCCUGAGCACUGGCGGGAGUAUCGUUCAUCCCCUGGUUCCCUCCUUGUUGUUGACACCAAUCUGUCCGCGGAGCCUGAGUUUCCGCCCUCUGGUUCUGCCAUCUACCACCCCCAUCACCUUGAAAUUGAGUGACAAGAACAGAGGUCGAGAGGUCGACGUCAGUAUCGAUGGCAUGAGGCGUACACAAGGCAUUGGUGUCGGAACAGAAGUUCGAGUCUCGGCCGAGGAGAUUACAACCGACGCAGGGGCCUUCACCGGCGGCAUCCCCUGCAUAAUGCGAACGAUCAGUGCAGGCGCCGAUGGAGAUGACGGCUGGGUGGGCGGCCUCAACGGCCUUUUGAAGUUCAACUAUCCAUUUGGCGAAGAGAAGUGA